AUGCUUCAGUUGGAGCAAAAAUGGAGAAGCCAACUACCUACACAGAGUGGCGACUCGAAGAGAACCAAUGUUAGUGCAACGGGAGCAUACUCAUCCUCAUCAAACCCAGAAAUACCGUUGGCUGACGAACCCGGUGUGGACUCUCCCGUUCACCCACAAGGAUCAAAGAAGAGCAAGCAAAAAGGUAAGGGAAAAGCACAAAUGUCUGAAGAUUUUAGCGAAAAGAAAUCAUCGGUUGUUAAAAAAUUAUCUCUCAUGGAAGAUAUUAAGAAUGUUAGAGAAAAGAAACUAAUAGAUAGGGAAAAAGAAAGAGAAAAGGAGAGGGAACAUAGAGCAAAGAUUAUGGCAAUAAAAAAGAAUGAGUUACAAAUUCAAGCCACAAUAAAAGAACAAGAAUUACAAACUCAGAGGUAUAUUAAAGAAAUGGAGAUAAAUGCAAAAGAAAGGAAAAUGGAAAGGAUGGCCAAGGAAAGGGAAAGGGAAAUGGAUAUGCAAAUACUUAAUGCUGACACGUCUACAAUGAGUGAAAAAUGA